UGUAAAUUAAAGUGAUAUUUCUGUUCCUGAUACUUCAUAAAAUACUUUGACAGGAAUUGAAAACUUGUGAUGUUUGUGCGCUCCACGACCUUUGACCAGCAGGAAGCUGUGUGUGACGGUAACUACUGUAACACUCGUGUCUGUCACAGGUUACCACACUUCAACACUGUGUGUGACAAGCUGCCGACACAAGUUCCUCGUCUCCAUUUUUGGGCGGCAAGUUGUUACCAUGGAGACGCACCCGCCGGCUGGCAAGUGGAAUGUUUAACCAGACCCCUUCGCUCUCCUCCGGCCGUCGUCAGGGAAGUCGAGCAGAACGACUUGAUCACUACACACCGUCAUGUUUUCCCGUACAGUGAGCGAGGUGUGCCCGACCACACAGACGGCCCGCCAGUCAGACGAUUGUAUCACCGAGGUCAAGGUCACUCAGGAUUCAGCCCACGUCACUGUGUGACGUGCAGUCGUGACGUGGCCAGCUUCCUACACAGUCUCCGUGUUGGUGUUACAGAGAAUGUCACGACAACAGCCACGACCAUAACCUCCACCACCAGCAGCACAACACCGCCCUGCCUACAGUGGAGAGACGUGCUGGUGUUGAACAUCAGUGGCAUCAGUGACGACUCGGGUAUGGUGAAAGCACUUAAAGAAGCGGGUAUCCCAGUGCGGGUGAUGAAGGACGAUGACAUUGAUGACGUUGCCACGGCCCGCAGUGACGUGGUGUGGAUGACGAAUGGAUAUCGUGUUUGUGGUCUGGAGAGAAAAGUUGUCGUGUGUCUGCAGGAUCGUGAUACAACCCGGUUUAACUCUAUCUCCCGGUGUACGUCACAACUUGUGAUUGUCUAUGAUGACGACGAAACGAAUGGAUAAGUGACGUCAUACACAUGUUGUGUGACACAUUUAUGUAUAUCUAUUUAUAUUCUCACGGCUUUCACCCGUUUAAAGAAGCAGUGAGGCGAAGUAGUAAGUGUAAUUACGGGCUGCAGCAGGCAAAGUGACGCGAUUCAUCGCGCUGACCAGCUGCCACGUGGAUGUAAAAUAGCAAGAGGAAGAGGAAGAGGACAUGGAUGUCGUCUGACAAAACAAAGCAAAACAAUAAUGACGGG